CAAACCGAUCAUUCCUGGUUCAAUCAGUUUGCGGAAUCCGCCAAACAACAAGAGCAGGAGCGGCAGACCAAACAAAGUGUAAAUCCUUGGAAGGCAAGUACGCUUUUUGCUAGCCCUGAGAUUGCCAAAGCCUACACAAAAACCGAGGGAUGCAAAGAGGUCCAAGUCAAAAAAAGUGUCAAUCCUUAUAAGAUACCCCUGCCAAGUACCUUUCAUUGGAGUCCCGAGAUAGCGGAGGUAAUCAAGAAACGAGACCAAUGGGAUGACAUCAAUGCCAUGGCCAACAACGAGUUUCAAACCUCUGUGUCGAAGACCUUUGGAAGCUUACCUCCUAGUGAUGCCAGUUUAGCGUCCUAUUUGCAAAAGAGGAAAAAUCAAGGCAAAAGCCUAUUCCCUGCAGAUGAAAAGUAUUUGCAAGCCUGUCAUCAGCAGUGCAAACCCGUCACAGGAUUUUGGCCUCAAAACGAAAAAGCCAUUGCUGAGUUUGUGAAGGGACCCUGGCCCUUUGGUGACUUGCCGGAAAAA